ACGGGUCCCUGGAGACCACCCUGGUGGAGCCCAGCAUGGAUGACUACACCGUCCUGCGCACAAUCGGCGAGGGCUCCUUCGGCCGAGCUCUUCUGGUUCGGCGGGAAAGCAGUAGCCAGCUGUUCGCCAUGAAGGAGAUAAGGCUGCCUAAGUCUUUCUUUGAGACACAGAAUUCUAGAAAGGAGGCUGUUCUGUUGGCCAAAAUGAAACACCCAAAUAUUGUUGCCUUUAAAGAAUCAUUUGAAGCUGAAGGUCAUCUGUAUAUUGUGAUGGAAUAUUGUGAUGGAGGGGAUCUAAUGCAAAAGAUUAAGCAGCGAAAGGGGAAGUUAUUUCCUGAAGAUGUGAUCCUAAAUUGGUUUACACAACUGUGCCUUGGAGUAAAUCACAUUCACAGGAAACGGGUGCUACACAGAGAUAUCAAGUCCAAGAACGUCUUUCUCACCCAAAAUGGAAAAGUAAAACUGGGAGAUUUUGGAUCUGCUCGUCUUCUGUCCAACCCUGUGGCAUUGGCUUGCACGUAUGUGGGAACACCUUAUUAUGUGCCUCCAGAAAUUUGGGAGAACCUACCUUACAACAAUAAAAGCGAUAUCUGGUCCUUGGGAUGCAUUCUGUAUGAACUCUGUACCCUGAAGCAUCCGUUUCAGGCAAAUAGCUGGAAAAGUCUUAUUCUUAAAAUAUGUGGAGGGUUCAUCAAGCCACUGCCGUCCCAUUACUCCUACGAGCUGCAGUUUCUGAUCAAGCAGAUGUUCAAGAGGAAUCCCCUGCAUCGCCCUUCAGCCACAACACUCCUGUGCAGGGGCUGUCUGGCCCCGCUGGUGCAGGAGUGUCUGCCUCCAGAGGUCAUCGCAGAAUAUGGUGAACAGAUAUUAGAAGAAACUAAAAAAUCUCAUAGUGCACCAAGAAAAAAUGACAGCGGCAGGAUCAGGAUAGCUUUGGGAAAUGAAGCCAGCUCCAUGCAACAGGAACAACAAGGUGGAAAAUAUAGCCACGCUGACAUAGAAAACAUUAAAUAUAAUUCAGCUGAACAUUCAAUGAAGAGAGUCAGUCGAGAAGAAAAAGAAUCGGACAAGAAGUCAGCGUGGCAGAGGGACACCAGCUCACCCGGUACCCGCAGGCGGCAGUGGGAGAAAAACGCGCCCAGCACAGCUCUGAGGGCCCUGGGAGACGCGGCCAUACUCGCUGCCAGUUCACCGGCAGAGGACGACAGAGGUGGCUCUGUGAGAAAGUACAGCGAGCUGAAUAGCCGCAAGCAGUGGCUCAAGGAGCCGCCGGGCACCUUGCUGAACCUGCUCAAGAAUGCUGAUCUCAGCCUGGCGUUUCAGACCUACACCAUAUACAGACCAGGUAGCUUGUGCAAUUCAGAAGGGUUCUUGAAAGGCCCCCUGUCUGAAGGCACAGACGCGCCGGACAGUGUCGACGGAGGGGACGAGGCUGUCGCGCCAGACCCUGAGAGGUUGGAGCCCUGGCUAGAAGGCGAGGACACGGACUUUGAGGAAGAUGGGGACAACCCUGAUUGGGUGUCAGAGCUGAAGAAGUGUCUGAUGCACCAGACCCAAGGGGGCCACUCCACGUCACAGGAAGGAGACACUGUACACGAGGAACUCAUGUGAGAAUAAUCACACUUCUGCAGGCUGUCACGGCAGUCAGCUCCUGGGCUGCGUAUCUGCAAGCAGAAAGAAGACUUCAGCAAUGCCUAAAGCGAUUCCUGAUGGAUAAAGCACAAUCAAAAUAUGUGUUUUUGGAACUCCUGUGUGUGUUUGAUCUCAGGGAAGAAGGCCCAGCAG